GCCAGCGCACAUCGGAAAUGACUACCAGUUCGUUUUUAUUGUCCUUCUCUGUGGCAUGGAUACUUCUAUUCCUCGUCGCUGGCUGUGCUGGCAAGCGUAAUUGGGAUUACGAACCAAUCUCUAUAGUUACCAGAACGACAGAUGAAUCAAAAAUUAAUAUUGGGGCUGAGGUUGAACCCAUGGGACGUGAUGGAUUUGCUUUUACGGCCCAUUUUUUAAUCAAUUUCGAUAUGGACGAAACGACUAUGGUGGAGGUUACGGCUUAUCGCAGCUCUACGGGCAGCGAGGACGAUUACAAGCUUUUACCCUGGAGCAUACCGAAGCAGACAUUUAAAAAGUUUGCCGAUUCCCAUUACAAGGACAUUGUCUUCGCGAACUUGGAGCAUUGCUCAAAUAUACCCAAUCCGGAGAAUGUAUAUCCCUGGCCCAAAGGCACCGCCAUUUUCGAUAGGUGCACAGCGACUGGCGAUGGUAUGCCCGAAAUUGCACCCGAAGGCUACUACAAGAUCAUCUUUACCAUCAGCGGGGAGGUCGAGGCUGGAUUUACAACCAUUGUAAAGCUGACCACGAAAACGGAUAUGCUUGGCUAAGACCCAAAGACAACCGAAAGGUGAUGGCAUACAAAAAACAGUAUUGAACAAUAACCAAAAAAAAUGUAGUUAGUUUUAACAUUAUCUAUCCGUAUCUAUCCGAGUGGUUCCAGGAAAACACAAGUUAUAUUAAAUUUACAAUAGUUCUGCAAUACGAAA